AUGACGACUGCUGUGGAGGUCAUCGGCGACCCCCAAGACCAACAGGACGCAGUAUCAAUAGCUUACUUCACGCUAGAUGAUAAAGGAGCCCCACCGGAAAAACAGAGGCAGACGUACGCACCCCAGACGACAUUCGGCAACAGGACACCCGCAGACCAUAAACAGAGGCGUCAACAGCCUUUGCAGCCCCGAAUGAAUCACUCGAACGCCCCCAGCCUCGAUGCAAGGAUGCACCAACGGGGUCGCGGCAACGAGGGGAUCUGUGACUCCAACGCCGACUCGUCAAUGACAGUUGGGGUGGCGAGGGACGGCCACAGGAAGGGGCAACACCUGGCCAAGGAACGGGCGUAUACGAUGAAGAGACAGCGGAGCGCUACAGCAAUGCCCAGCUUCCAGGCAUCUGCACAGACGCCUUCCCUCACAUCCCUCACGCCCGACACCGACAUCACUAUGACCAUUCAGGCUCCGCGAGGACUACAAGAAAAGGCCAGGAUCGUUGAGUCAACGUGUAGCCGACGAGGACGGCCUGCAUCGUCCGCUGAGGACAACACCACCAUCGAGGGAAGGGAGCUGUGUAAACGGAUUUGCCGACGAGCAUUCAAGUCCGGGCCAACGCUAGGCAAAGAUACGUGGAGAGCGUGGGCUAAGAAGGCGGUACCUGGGCCUGCACAGUUUUCUCCCGCCAUCCGCAUCCCUCUCGAGCCCAUUGCUAUGCCCUCACACCGCCCACACGACUUCUGCCUCUGGACUGCGAUGAUGUGCAUGACAGUGCCGCCCUCGCAAUGGCAGGGGAUUGCGCCGAAAAUCGAUUCCGAAUCCCUCCUCAUUGUCAUCGUCAUCAUUCGCGCGACCGCACCCUGUACCUGGAUGUCCCUGCCAGCUGCGGCGAUGAGCAGUCCAGAGGGAGCCCGAGCAGAGCGUCUCGCCGGGUUAUGGCGUGGCGGUGUUGCGGAAAGAUGUCAGGGACGGUGCGUCUGCGCUAUUCUGCGCCCGUCGAAAGGCGCCGGGGCAGCGUGGAGGCCGAACAAAGGUUGGCGCCAGAGCAGUCACCGCGCAUAG